GCUGGCGGGCGCGAGUACAAGGGGGCUCUGUGCCUCGCAGCACCCGGGCCCCGCCCGCGCCCUGCUGGGACUGCAGACCGGCGGCAGGGGGCUGGACUCGGACAGGGCGGGCUGGGCGGGGCAGGCGGCUAGCUGACCGCGAUCUCUGUGCGUCCCGCAGGCGGGGAUCCCGCGCCGCCGCGCCCGGGUGGCCGGCAAUGAUCACCUAGGAGGCUGGCGCUAGCGGCGGAGGAGCCGGGCGCGGCGACACGCGGCCAUGCAGCGGGAGUCGGAGUCCACCGAGGAGCCCGAGCCCCCGGGGCGGCGGCGGCGCCGCCGGGAGGGCAGGACGCGCACGGUGCGCUCCAACCUGCUGCCGCCCCCGAGCGCGGAGGACUCUGUGGCUGGUGCCACCAAGGGCGAGCGGCUGCAGCGGCUCGGGUGUGUCCAGCACGUGGCAGACAACCGGCUCAAGACCACCAAGUACACGCUGCUGUCCUUCCUGCCCAAGAAUCUAUUCGAGCAGUUCCACCGCCUGGCCAACGUGUACUUUGUCUUCAUCGCGCUGCUCAACUUCGUGCCGGCGGUGAACGCCUUCCAGCCUGGCCUGGCGCUGGCGCCCGUGCUGUUCAUCCUGGCGGUCACGGCCUUCAAGGACUUGUGGGAGGACUACAGCCGCUACCGCUCGGACCAUGAGAUCAACCACCUGGGCUGCCUAGUCUUCAGCAGGGAAGAAAAGAAGUAUGUGAACCGAUUCUGGAAAGAAAUCCAUGUGGGAGACUUUGUGCGUCUUCGCUGCAACGAGAUCAUCCCUGCGGACAUUCUGCUGCUCUCCUCCAGUGACCCUGAUGGGCUGUGCCACAUCGAGACUGCCAACCUGGAUGGAGAGACCAACCUGAAGCGACGGCAAGUGGUUCGUGGCUUCUCAGAACUUGUCUCCGAAUUCAAUCCUUUGACGUUCACCAGUGUAAUCGAGUGUGAGAAGCCAAACAAUGACCUGACUAGGUUUCGUGGUUGCAUCAUACACGACAAUGGAAAGAAGGCUGGACUGUAUAAUGAAAACCUCUUGCUGCGAGGGUGUACCAUCAGGAAUACAGAAGCAGUGGUUGGCAUUGUCAUCUAUGCAGGACAUGAAACCAAGGCUCUGCUGAACAACAGCGGGCCCCGUUACAAGCGCAGCCAACUUGAGAGGCAGAUGAACUGCGACGUGCUCUGGUGUGUCCUUCUCCUCGUUUGUAUGUCUCUGUUUUCAGCGGUCGGACAUGGAUUGUGGAUACAGCGGUAUCAAGAUAAGAAAGCAUUAUUUGAUGUCCCUGAGUCUGACGGCAGCUCUUUAUCCCCAGUCACAGCAGCAGUUUACUCAUUUUUGACAAUGAUAAUAGUUCUGCAGGUUUUGAUCCCUAUUUCCUUAUACGUUUCCAUUGAGAUUGUUAAGGUCUGCCAAGUGUACUUCAUUAACCAGGAUAUAGAGUUGUACGAUGAAGAGACAGAUUCCCAGCUGCAGUGUCGGGCUCUGAACAUCACGGAAGACUUAGGGCAGAUACAAUAUAUUUUCUCAGAUAAAACUGGCACUUUAACUGAGAAUAAAAUGGUUUUCCGAAGAUGCACAGUGUCUGGCAUAGAAUAUUCUCAUGAUGCAAAUGCCCAGCGUCUGGCCAGGUACCAGGAGGCAGACUCGGAAGAGGAGGAGGUGCCCAGGGGGGGCUCAUCCCAACGUGGCAGUAUUGGGAGCCACCAGAGUAUCCGGAUCCUACACAGGAGUCAGAGUACCAAGUCCUACUGGCGCACAGGCAGCCGGGCUGAGGCCAAGAGGGCCAGUGUGCUGUCCAAGCACACAGCUUUCAGCAGCCCCAUGGAAAAAGACAUUACACCUGAUCCAAAGCUGUUAGAGAAGGUAAACGAGUGUGACAAGUACCUGGCCAUCUCAAGGCACCAGGAGCACCCUCUGGCCCAACUCUCUCCAGAGCUGUCUGACGUCUUUGAUUUCUUCAUUGCGCUCACCAUCUGCAACACAGUAGUGGUCACGUCUCCGGAUCAGCCACGCCAAAAGGUGAGGGUGAGGUUUGAGCUGAAGUCUCCAGUGAAGACGAUAGAAGAUUUCCUCCGGAGGUUCACACCCAGCCGCCUGACCUCUGGCUGCAGUAGCAUCGGAAGCCUGGCCACCAACAAGUCCAGCCACAAAUCGGGGUGCAGCUUUAUGUCCACUCUGUCCAACGACAGCAUGCUUUUCAGGCUGGAGGAGAGGCUGGGCCAGCCCACAUCAGCCAUUGCCAGCAAUGGCUACAGCAGCCCUGAAGACAGCUGGGAACCGGAAUACCCCCAGGAGCCUCAGCCAAAGCAGGAGCUGAGGUUUGAGGCCGAGAGCCCAGAUGAGGCAGCACUGGUGUAUGCGGCCAAGGCCUACAACUGUGCACUUGUGGACCGGUUACAUGACCAGGUGUCAGUAGAGCUGCCUCACCUGGGAAGGCUCACCUUUGAACUCCUGCACACACUCGGCUUUGACUCCAUCCGCAAGAGGAUGUCUGUGGUGAUUCGGCACCCGCUCACCGAUGAGAUCAAUGUCUACACUAAGGGGGCUGACUCGGUGGUCAUGGAUCUCCUGCUGCCCUGCUCCUCAGAUGAUGCCAGAGGACAGCAUCAAAACAAGAUCCGGAGCAAAACACAGAAUUACCUCAACCUCUACGCAAUGGAAGGCCUGCGUACCCUAUGCAUCGCCAAGAGGGUUCUGAGCAAAGAAGAGUAUGCCUGUUGGUUGCAAAGCCACUUAGAAGCAGAAUCUGCUGUGGACAACCGAGAGGAGCUCCUUUUCCAGUCUGCCAUUCGCCUGGAGACGAAUCUGCAUCUGUUGGGUGCCACAGGAAUUGAAGACCGCCUACAGGAUGGAGUCCCCGAAACCAUCACCAAAUUGCGUAAAGCGGGCCUACAGAUUUGGGUUCUCACUGGUGACAAACAAGAAACAGCCAUUAACAUUGCAUAUGCCUGCAAACUUCUGGACCAUGACGAAGAAGUCAUCACCCUAAAUGCUGAAUCCCAGGAAGCAUGUGCAGCCCUGCUGGAUCAGUGCCUGCACCACGUGCAGUCCAGAGGUUCCUACACCCCUGAGAAGACCGAAAGCUGUGUGAACGUGGGAUUCUCCUCUCUGUACCUGGCCUCCGCCACAUCUACUGUCUCUGGCCCCAGCCCAAGCCUUGUGAUUGAUGGAAGAAGUUUGGCCUAUGCUCUUGAGAAAAACCUGGAGGACAAAUUUCUUUUCCUCGCCAAGCAGUGCCGCUCAGUUCUCUGCUGUCGGUCAACCCCUCUACAGAAAAGUAUGGUGGUAAAGCUGGUCAGAAGCAAGCUGAAGGCCAUGACCCUGGCCAUAGGUGAUGGAGCCAAUGAUGUAAGCAUGAUCCAGGUGGCGGACGUGGGUGUGGGCAUCUCAGGCCAGGAGGGCAUGCAGGCAGUGAUGGCCAGUGACUUUGCAGUGCCAAGAUUCCGAUAUCUGGAGAGACUCUUAAUUGUCCAUGGACAUUGGUGCUACUCCCGACUAGCCAACAUGGUGCUGUAUUUCUUCUACAAAAACACAAUGUUCGUGGGCCUCCUAUUUUGGUUCCAGUUUUACUGUGGUUUCUCUGCAUCCGCCAUGAUUGACCAGUGGUAUCUAAUAUUCUUUAAUCUACUCUUCUCGUCACUUCCCCAACUUGUGACUGGGGUGCUGGAUAAGGAUGUGCCAGCCCAUGUGCUGCUUUUGAAGCCACAGCUCUAUAAGAGUGGCCAGAAUAGGGAGGAAUAUCGGCCACGUGCCUUCUGGUUAAACAUGGUCGAUGCUGCCUUCCAGAGCUUGAUUUGCUUUUUCAUUCCUUACCUGGCCUACUACGACUCGGAUGUGGACAUGUUUACUUGGGGGACCCCCAUCACGGCAAUCGCACUGUUCACCUUCCUGCUGCACCUGGGUAUUGAAACCAAAACCUGGACCUGGCUCAACUGGACAGCUUGUGUCUUCAGUAUCCUUUUAUUUUUCACUGUGGCUUUGAUUUACAAUGCUUCCUGUGCAACAUGUUACCCUCCAUCUAAUCCUUAUUGGACCAUGCAAGCAUUACUGGGAGACCCCGUGUUCUACUUGAUUUGCCUCAUAGCACCUAUCACUGCAUUGCUACCCAGAUUGUUUUUCAGAGCCCUCCAGGGGAGCCUUUUCCCAACCCAACUUCAGCUGGCACGCCAGUCAGCCAAGAAAUAUCCCAAGAAACCUGAAACUACCAAAGAGACCUUAGCUCAGAAACAUUUCCCGGGAGACCCAAAAACAGAGCUCUCAGAAGGGAUGACCACGAGUCCCUUUGAGACCCUCUCCAAGGACUGUGCCUCAGAAGCUUCUCAACACACACAGCAGCCAUCCUGCUCCCCAAAGACCAACAGGGAGCCCAGCACAGUGGACAUAAGUGUGCCAUUGAGAGAGGACACCGUGCUGGAGGGACAGGGGGCUCAGGCCCCAGGGUCCUCCAGACCAGAUGAGGCUGUUUUGGAAGCAUGUCCUGAGAACUCCAAGAGGAAACCCACCAGUACAAGCCCCACCAGUACAAGCCAGGAAGCCCCCCUACCAUCUCUCUUCAACCUGCCCAGUUUCAGCUCACUCAACUGGAUCUCCUCCCUCUCACUGGUCAGUGGGCUGGGAAGUGUUUUACAAUUAUCCAGAAGUAGUUUACAGAUGGACAAGCAGGAUGGAGAAUUCCUGUCCACCCCCCCACAGCCAGAUCAGGACUUGCAUGGCUUACAGGGACAGGCCACAGACUACUUCUAGGAUCACCUUCAAGGGACUGCAGCAGACUGCAGUCACAGUGAAAACCUUGAAAUGGCCUUUUAUAUAUAUAUGACGUAGGUAUUAAUAUUAUUUAUGUUUAUUAUUUGCACAGAAGAAUUCUAGGGAGAUAUAUUUUUAAAUGUUUCCAGGGGUAACACAGGAAACAAGAGGUACCAAAAAGAAAGUUUAUUUUUUAAAGUUCUAAGUAGAGUAUAUUGAAAAGAAAAAUAAGAGCUUUAACAUAAAUAUAUAUAUAUACAUAUAUAUAUAUAUAUAUAAAGUUGAAAGAAGAAUGACACUCGAAAAGUGUCUUUGAAUUUAUUUUUUCAUCUCAUUUUAUAAGAAAAGGCAAUAUGACUUGUUUUCUUCAACAUGCAUGACCCAUGCUUUCCCCAAGUAUGCUUAUGAUUAAGCCCAAUGAACCUGGGUGGGUGUGGGCAUGGAUGGCAGUGAGGAGAGGUGAUAGAGGGUAGGGCAUGUGACCCCCCAAGACAGAUUCCUUCACUGGCUUCCAAUUCCACCAACCCAGAAGGGCUGUGGCUCUGUUCCAUCCAUAAAGGGGAAAGUGAGAACUCAAGAAAAAUUCAUGUGUGAAGUUCAUUCUGAUGCUCAAUUCAAUGCAGGCAUUUUAUGAAGAUCUCCUUGUAGGUAUGACAGCCCUAUGUAACAUUUUGCCUGUUAAGAUCAUCACAAGCAAUAAAAAAAACUUCACUUUGCAAAGAGAGUGUGUCCAGUCACCACUGUCAUAUGAAGUUAUCAGUAUAUAACCUAAUAGAAUGUGUUCUGGAUACUGCAGGGAACUUCCUUUUAGACACUUUGAAGAAAACAGCUCAGGGACACAUUACCCUGUCACUGCACAGCCCCUUACACUUCAGCUCUCUGAACUGAUAUACCAUCAGCACUAUCCAAACCCUUCCUGCCAAGAGGCUAGAUGUUUUGAGCAAUUAUCUUCAGGCAUUUGUCUGAUGAGCCAUUAUUUCUGUCCCUCUAAAAGAAGAAAAAGAAAGGGGAAAGAUUCUUUUAAAAAUCCAAGAAAAUUAUACCCAAGUGGGAUUUCUUUUCUGAGCCCUCUGUUUCUACUUUUUCAGGCAGUUGUUAAUGUAGUGACCACUCUGCUCAGUAAUGAAGAUAUGAAAUAAAAGCAGACAGUCCGGUUAAGUUAUCAGGACUUCUGGCUCCUGUGGGUGCCUGUUGUCAAGCAUAGCAAUGCAAAAAGAUCAAAAGACCUGAGGACAGCAAAAUUUGGGGAAGAAUGUCUAGUUGUCCAAUGAGUGUGAUUCAUUGCAAGCACCAGAAAACAUACCUCCUUCUAGUCAGAUUGAAAGAGAAGGCAAGAGCUCACUGUCUGCAGGUCCUAAGGAGGAUGGGCUCCAGGUGAUUGGACUCAGCAAUCCAAAUCCAGGGUGUUAUGGUUUGAAAGUAUCCUCCAAUAUUCCUACAGUGGAAACUUAAUCCCCAGUGCAACUGCGUUGGGAGAUGGGGGCUUUGGGGGAGGUUUAGGUCAUGAGGCUUCUGGCCUUACAAAUGGAUUGAUGUUUCUAUCAAAAAGGUUUGUGGGAGUUUGGCUUUCUUUUGUUCUUAUGUCUUCUGCCAUGUGAACAUGCAGCAAGAAAAGCCUUCACCAAACACAAGCAUCUUGAUCUCGAACUUUUCAGAUUCCAGAACUGUAAAAAUAAAUCUGUUCUUUACAGAUUACCUAGUUUCAGGUAAUCUGGUUCAGCAAUGCAAAAUGACUUGAGACACAGAGCUUUUUCCCCCUUAUCUCUUCCUAUAGUUUUUUUUGUUGUUGUUUUGUUUUGUUUUUUGCUGGGAGGGUGGUGGUCAGUUUUGUUCUAAGCCUGCCUUUAUUUUUGGUGAUGCAUUUGUUGGAGUCAUCCCAGAUCGUACCUGCAUAUCAGGUACUAGGUGCCUAGUUUCCUUAGCUUCACCCUGUUUAGGUUGCAUGGAAACUUAAAACCAGUUGCUGCUAUUUUGAUGGGAGUGUGUCCUUUUGAGGAUUCCUUCCUGCAGCUGCCAGUGUCUGGGCUGCAUGACUGUAUGGACAUUCAGAGGAAUAUCCAGGUCCUGUUGGAUGGGGAGACACAAGGGAGGCUGGAGGCAACUUCAGUAGCCAGUGUGGCUGAACCAAAGAUGGCAGUGGUCCUCACCCUGCCUUCCCCCUUCCUGAUGCCCUUCUAUUGUCCUUAGAGUAGCAUAUAUGAAAAGAAUCUCCUUAGGACGGUACCCAAAACUACUAUUUCUUGAAUUAAGCUAAUGGCCAUUAGCACAAAGUAUAAGAAGAACCACAAUCAUAUUAACCUGAGUAUCUGAGAUUUCAAAAUGCCCCCAAUUUCAGAUAUUUUUCCCUCAUAAUCUACCUUUUCUACAAAUGACAUCUUUCCUCUUUAGAUACUUCAACUUAGGUGAUAGAAUGAUCCAGGCAGUGGCUCUGGGAAUAUGCAUGCCAAAACCAGCUUAAAGAAAUAAACAUUGUAAAUGGCAUUGGCAGUUAGCUGCUUUGUAGGAUGAGGAAUAUUUGUAGAAAUUUACAAUAAUAACUUAACACAACCAAGUUUGAUUCAAAUGAACACAUAUAGGAGUGAAUUUUAUGAUUAUCUCAAAAAAAGCAGUGGGUAAAAUAUAUUAUCAAAUACUAAUAACAAAUCUAAAAUCAAUGGGAAUGGAAAAGACAGUAGAAUGAAUUGGAGAUAACUUUCUUAUGUUCAUAUAUGAAUAUACACAACCAGUGUAACUCCACUUCAUGUACAACCACAAAAAUAGGAACUUAUACUCCACGUAUGUAUGAUAUGUCAAAAUACAUUCUACUGUCAUGUAUAACUAAAAAAGAACAAAUUAAAAAAAAAAUCAAUGGGAAGGCUGGCUACCUAAGACUGGCUCUGCUCUUGGCAACAAAAUAUCUGGAUUAGUUGUUUGACACUGUUCAUCAUAGCUUGUUCAAAGUCAAAAGCAAUUUAAUUUAAAUUCUUGGAGGACAGACAUUGUGUCCUGUUUGCCUUGUAUCCCCAGCACUUUGCAAAGAAUCUAGCAGUUUGAAUGCAUUUGGUGAAUUUUGAAUGAAUGCAAGAAUAAAUGGUUAAAAAAAAAAAAAAAAACUAGAGGAGGUUAAGAAAAAUUGCUUAUUACAACUCAUUUACUAGGUGAUAUUUACUGGAAAUUCUGG